CUUUCUUUCAUUCUCCUCAUCCUCCAUCAUGGUCCGCGGCAAGUUCAUCGUCGGCUCCAACUACAAAAUGAAUGGCUCUCAGUCUUCAUUGCUGGCUCUAGUUGGGUUGCUCAAUCAUGCGCAGCUCGACAGCAACGUUGAGAUCUUCAUCUCCCCUCCCUUAGUAUAUAUAGAUCUCGUACGAAAGAACCUCCGCCGCGAUGUCGCGGUUGGUGCCCAGAACUGCUAUCUAAAGGCCACUGGAGCCUACACUGGCGAAGUCGCCCCAGAAAUGCUUAGGGACAUUGGCGCAGAAUAUGUCAUUCUCGGCCACACCGAACGCCGUGAAAUCUUCAAAGAAUCCGAUACGGAUGUUGGACUCAAGGUUGAGCAAGCCUUACAGGCCGGUUUACGGGUCAUCGCCUGUGUAGGUGAAAAACUUGAGGAGCAUCAAGCUGAAAAGACUCUGGAGGUGCUUUACCGCCAGCUAGAUGCCAUUGCUGACCAUGUUCUGGAUUGGUCUAAUCUCGUGGUGGCCUACGAACCUGUCUGGGCGAUCGGUACGGGCAGGGUCGCCACGCCUGAGCAGGCACAAAGAGUCCACAGGGCAAUUCGGGAAUGGUUAAGAUCAAAGAAGGGCGACCACGUUGCGGAUCAGACACGAAUCAUCUAUGGAGGAUCUGUCAAUCUGAGCAAUGCAGCCAUGUUAGCGAACGAGGAGGACAUUGAUGGGUUGUUUGUUGGAGGCGCGUCUCUCAAACCAGAGUUCGUCGAUAUCUGCAAUGUCCUUCAGGGUUCACGGUAGUUCCACAAGGAGUGGAGGCGCAAAAAUAAAAGUGCGGUAUGUCAAAGCGG